CCAUUUUGUACAAAGUGAUUUUGUGACAUUUUUUUAUGUUAAUUAGACGCUAAAAGCGAUUUACCAUUAGGUCUAAUCUUAUUUUUACUUUGUUUUCCCAACCUUCUCAAACCCUAGCUAUCAUUAUCAAUGGAUUACUCAGAACUACCGAAGGAGAUCGUAGAGAAGAUUGCUUCCCAGCACUUGGACACAGCCUCCCAGCUCAUCUCCUUCUCCGGCGUCUGCAAAUCAUGGAGAUCCGUCGCCAUCCUCCUCCGCUGCCCUCCGGUAUUGCUCGUCCCCGAAACCGCCGCCGCCGCCGCACCCCUAUCUCCUGCCGCUGCGUCGAGAGGCCAAAUCCAUGAUUUCGUCUCCCUCCCUACACUCAUCCCAACCACCAGCCCGCCGCCGCCGCCGUCAAUCGCACUCCCCCUCUUCCCGUCUCCCUCCAAAAUGUCGGACGCCCACGGCCAGCGCGAUCGCUACCUCCGCCUCCACCAAGAAUUCAUCACUUCCUUCCCCGUCAUCGGAGACGACAGCGAAUUCUCUCCCUACGACGCGAAAUCAGACGCUCACUCCUUAGCCUCCAAAGACGGCUGGAUCCUCCGCACCCUCCCUUUCCACGGCGACUACCGCGGCCGCCAGCUCGAUCUCUACCUCCUCAACCCAUUCAUCGGCGCCUCCAUCCCUCUGCCCCCUUUAAAGCGGGAAUACGCCGACGUCAGCAAAGCCAUAAUCUCCAAUUCCCCUGACCACGAACACUGCUACGUGUUCACAUUUUCCAAUUGGCAGAACAACUUGCUCGCCUGGUGCAAGGUCGGGCCAGGAGGCGGAGGCGGCGGCGGCUGGACGUUCCCACCAAAGAAUUGCCUCGUUCGUAUACAAUACGAUGUCCCCGAAGACGCCUCCUACUCCAACGGAAACCUCUACCUUGCAGGGGAAAAUGCCCUCUGGGUUGUCCACGACAUCCUCAAACCCUUCUCCGCCGCGAUUGGGCCAAUUGUGAAGGCGUUCCCGUUCUCCAGCUACAUGAAAUCGUUCGACGCCUUCAACUGCUGUCCGCCGAGGUCGAAAACUCACCCCUACUUGUGUCACCUCGACGGCGGCCAGGUUCGUGUGAUUCUCCCUGAUUGCAAGGGGAAUUACUACGGGGACUACCUGGGAUUCCGUGUGUUCAAGCUCGUCGAUGAGGGGAACGGGCUCGAUAGAGUUAUGAACUUUCAUGGCCAUAAUGUUGACAGGGGUGAGUAUUGGGAAGAAGUGUGGAGUCUGGAUGGGCAUGCCCUGUUCAUUGGGGCUCACCAAUCGUUUUCCUUUCCGACUAUCAAGGGCGGUGGUGGUGUUGUGAAUCGGAAUGGCGGUGGGAUUAGAGGCGACCACAUCUACUUCGCGCUGAAUCGUGUUUGUUGGGAUAUGAAAACAUUCGGAGAGGCGAAUUGGGAUGGUGUGUUUGAUGUUGCCAACCAGAAGUUCCAGAGGUUUGCUGAUGAACGUUACAGUGAUAACGGGACGCGGCAUCCCAUCUUUUGGUUCAUCCCUGUGCCCUGGGGAUACAGUAAAAGUGUGAGUAAACAUCAGAAGAGAAAGAAGAGGAAAGGGAAAAAGCAAAGGGAAGAAACAAGGGUAGCAUCACGAGUAACUGAAGACAAUUUGAUUGAAUCAUUUUUUGGGAACAUUUCCUAAGAGAUGCAUGUUGUUGGGAGUUUUCCAAUUGUAUAAGUGCCUGAUCCUUGAUUGAGC